CUGGUGGGAUGAAACCCAAUAAACGAUGCACACGGCAUCGAUAUACUCAAGCAACGAUUCGGAGCCGACGCCAAAAGCCGGCCAUAUAUAAAUAAAAGCAACGAGGACCGGUUUGUUUUAGUCUGACCAACCUCUUAGCACCAGUGUAACAUCAACAGCGCAUCAAGUCAAUAGCUCCACCAUGCCGGACUACAAGGUCUACUACUUCAACGUCAAGGCUCUGGGUGAGCCGUUACGUUUUCUGCUGUCCUACGGCAAUCUGCCUUUCGAUGAUAUCAGAAUCACCCGCGAAGAAUGGCCAGCACUGAAACCAACUAUGCCGAUGGGACAGAUGCCGGUGGUGGCGGUGGAUGGCAAAAAGGUGCACCAGUCGGUGGCCAUUUCCCGCUAUCUGGCAAAACAGGUGGGCCUGGCCGGUGCCGAUGAUUGGGAAAAUCUCAUGAUCGACACCGUCGUUGAUACCGUCAAUGAUUUCCGUCUGAAAAUCGCUGUUGUUUCCUACGAACCAGACGACGACGUGAAGCAGAAGAAACUGGUAACCUUGAACAGUGAGGUCAUUCCAUUCUACCUAGAGAAGCUGGAUGAUAUUGCCCGUGAAAACAAUGGCCAUCUGGCACUUUCGAAAUUGACCUGGGCCGACCUAUACUUUGUGGCAAUUCUGGAUUACCUUAACUACAUGACCAAGUCCGACCUCGUCGCGAACCAUGCGAACCUAAAGAAGAUUGUCGAUAACGUAAUGAACAUCGAGUCGAUCAAGAACUGGGUUGACAAGCGACCAGAAACGGAAAUUUCAAUGCCCAUGGGACAGAUGCCGGUGCUAGAGGUCGACGGCAAGCGAGUGCACCAAUCAUUGGCUAUGUGCCGCUAUGUGGGCAAGCAGGUUGGCCUGGCUGGUUCCAAUCCCGUGGAGGAGCUCCAAAUUGAUGCGAUUGUUGAUACUAUCAACGACUUUCGUCUAAAAAUCGCCAUUGUUGCCUACGAACCGGACGACAGUGUUAAGGAGAAGAAGAUGAUCACGUUGAACAACGAAGUGAUUCCCUUUUACUUGACCAAGUUGAACGUGAUCGCCAAGGAGAACAAUGGUCACCUGGUGCUGGGAAAGACGACCUGGGCUGAUGUGUACUUCACCGGAAUCCUGGACUACCUCAACUAUCUGACCAAGCUCAAUCUACUCGAAAAUUUCCCCAAUCUGCAGGAGGUCGUGAAUAAUGUGCUGGCAAAUGAGAACAUCCAAGCGUACAUUGCCAAAAGACCAGUGACAGAAGUCUAGAAGGGACAGUUUGCUCACAUGGAAUUGAAAUCGAACUUUACUUUCUAAACCUGCGCCUGAUGUAGUCACGCGUAGUAGCGAUAAGGUUUUAUUUAUUUUCUGUGCUGCUCAUUAGGGUAAGUGGCGUGUAGGAACCAACUAUUGAAAGGAAUUGAAAACGCAUCUAUUCCUGCUCAAGGUGGCAUCUUUUAAAAUCCGUAUUUCACUCAUUGAUUGUACAUCUCCACACAAACAAGAAACUAGCUAGUAUGUAAUCGCAGUACGUUAUAAAGUGUAAAGAAAUAUUUUAAGUUAUCUACAGGGUCGAAAAAUAAAUUGUAUACAAGUCCUA